AUGCAGCACUUGGUUCUGAGUUUGAAGAUCUUCAUAGCGUACGCCAUCCCGGACAUACCUGAUGAGGUGGCCGAAGAAAGGGCAAGGUUGGAGUUCAUGAGGAGGGAGGCUUUGAAGGAUAAUAACGAUAUGAAUAUUAAUAACAACAAUAACAAUAAUAAUAAUGUUGGCAAUGAAGAUGCUACAAUUGAAUGUAUUGUUGAUGUGAGUGAUGCAGAUUCCACUAAAACGUUACCGGAUAAUUCAAGCGACAGACAGCAGCAGCAGCAGAAGAACGCGGCUCUCGAUAAUCUCCUCGACAUGCUAAACUUCAAGGAACAACUUUCGUAAGAAUAACGUCAUCGUCAUCGUCUUUAAUCACCUGACCACCGUUGUGAUUACGUCAUCGUCUUUAAUCACGUGACCAUCAUUGCGAUUGCGUCAUCGCUACUGCAUCAUCGUCAUUAGCAUCAUCGCCAUCUUUCUACAAUAUUUUGUUGCUUUUAUAUUGUUGUUAUACUACGGUUGUUUUAUAUGAUUUAAAUCAGCCAUUUGCUAGUGCAUUAGCUUUUGGCAACUCAAUAUUAUAAAGAAAUAUAUACUAUAUUAUAUCAGUGAUAUAAUAAUUUGAGAAAAAUAAAAUUACUCUUUUCAUUUUGCCACGUUUUUCGCUGAGAAAAUCUACUGCCGUAUCUUACUGCUAAUUAUAUAUAUAUAUAUAUAUAUAUAUAUAUAUAUA